GCUCCACAGCCGCCGGGAGCAGCAGACUCAUAAACCAAACAGCCCCGCGUCUGUCAGGCCCUGCUGAUCAACACAGAGGAACCUUACCUCUGGAUCUGAGGAAAAACAUUUACGAUAAUGCCCACGAUAAAAUUACAGAGCUCUGAUGGGGAAAUCUUCGAGGUGGAUGUCGAGAUCGCCAAACAGUCUGUCACCAUCAAGACUAUGUUAGAAGAUUUGGGAAUGGAUGAUGAAGGAGACGAUGACCCAGUUCCUCUCCCUAAUGUUAACGCUGCCAUCCUCAAGAAGGUGAUUCAGUGGUGCACCCACCACAAAGAUGACCCUCCUCCUCCUGAGGACGAUGAGAACAAGGAGAAGAGGACAGAUGACAUUCCUGUAUGGGACCAGGAGUUCCUCAAAGUGGACCAAGGCACCUUGUUUGAACUCAUUCUGGCCGCCAACUAUUUGGACAUCAAAGGUCUGUUAGACGUCACCUGCAAGACGGUUGCCAACAUGAUUAAAGGCAAAACCCCGGAGGAGAUCAGGAAGACUUUUAACAUCAAGAACGAUUUCACAGAGGAGGAAGAAGCCCAGGUACGCAAAGAGAACCAGUGGUGUGAAGAGAAGUAAAGGGGAGGGUCCGGCCAACACUACCACCCUGAAAAGGAAUCGUCCCGCUAACUGGUUGCACUGGCGUUGUUCAUACUUGUCAAUAUUUACAAUGUAGUAUAUUUAGAGCUACACACUCUCCCUCCUCUCAAGUUCUGUAUUCCAAUAGCAUGACCAUUUUAAUCUGCCUGUGUGUUGUUAAUAAUUUAAACAAAAAAAGCUUUUUUCUGUUUCCACACACGUUGUGUAUUCACUAGAACCAGGUGUCAUGGCUUUCUAUCCUUAAAGAUUAGACGUCUCCCCGUUAUAAUUGCUACGGUUCUCUUUUUUACUGGACAUGUUUGUUUUCCAUUUAGAUUUGAGAUUUAUUUUUAGAUUAAAUAAAUUGCUUUUUUUUUGACAACGGAGAUGAACGAGUGGAUAUUUUAUUUUUGCUCUGUAAAUGCAACCGUUCUGUGAAAGUGCUUUCAGAGAGGACGGGUUGUUUUUAAAGGAAAAGUUCGAGUUGGAAAGUUGUUUGUUUUGCGCGACGUCCUUUAGGCAUCGAGUAUCUAAUUCCUAAUUCAUGUUAUUUUGAAUUGGAAACUUUUCUCAGAUAAAGCUCUGAUGCUGUUUUUCUGGGAUGAUCAAUCGUAUAUUGAAGGAGUAAAUAAAACUCAUAAAAAGGC